GUGAUAUUUAAACCCCAGAGGUUCUCUCUCUCCUCAUCUGUUCCUCAGCUCAACCGGCUGUCUAUCACUAUCUCCUGCGCUUCAUUACAGACAAAGGAAGCUCUCCGUAGGCAUUCAGUAGCUCGCUGAACCCGGAGAGAGAAGAUCCAAGAUGCCACGCUCAAAGUGUGAUGUCAUGUCCAAAGAGCCCAGCUCCAACUUGGAAAGCGCCAUGCAGAUGCUCAUCAAGACCUUUCAUAAGUAUUCCGGGAAGGAAGGAGACAAAUACACACUCAGCCGAGGAGAACUGAGGGAACUUCUGACGGAGGAGCUGGGAAAUUAUCUUGGGAACGCUCAAGAUAAAGACGCGGUGGAACGAGUCAUGAACGACCUGGAUGCCAAUAACGACGGCGAGGUGGACUUCACCGAGUUCAUCAUCCUAAUGGGGGCGCUGACCGUGGCCUGCAAUGACUUCUUCCUAGACAGCCCGCCACCCAAAAACAAGGCCGAGAGCAAGGGCGACGGAGCCACAACAGAGGAAAAGAAAGAGUAAUGAGCAAAUGCUACAAGAACAGAGAGAAACGGAGAGAAGUAUUAGUAGGUUGCAUGGUUGAGAACAAGAGAGUGCGUUUAUCCAUUUCUUUAAUCAGGACUGACAAACCUAGUUCCUGGAGGUGAUUUCUCUACUUUUAUAAUUCAACCCAAACUGUUAAUACAUUCUUAAAGCAAAACUGACAAACCCAAGACUUGUGGGUUUGACAGAAACACACAUCAGUGCAGUGCCAGGAACUGGUUUGUCUAACACUGAACUGUUUUUUUUUUUUUCUAGUUAAUGAGAAGUUCUUGAGCAUAAGGUGUUUAAAGGUCGUUCAGGAUGGGUGCCUUCUGUUUCAUAUGACCGCAGACAUUAUAUACAGCUAUAUAUAGUGUUUUUUGGAUGAAGAUAUAGCAGGAAGGUUUAUUUUGAGUGCAAUCAGUGGCUACUAAGUGUAUAGAGAGAAUGGGAUAGGAAAUAGUGUGUUAUGGACAGUUACGAAUGCUCAUUUGUAAUAAUUCUGAACUGUGACUUGAAAACAGAUGUUGAGGUGUUUAUAUUUAUAUCUUCCAUGAUGAUGUAAAUAUAAAUAUCCUUUAUUGUUGACAUCAAGCAACAUUACAUCUACUUCAUGGUUACCAUAAAUUCUGAACAGUGUUCAUAAUCUAUAAUAAUUCAGUGUUGAAGAUGUGAACUUGGUUUGUCUCUUUCUGUGCAUCUAUUUUUUAGCCUAUUUUUAUUUAUGUAUCUUCUUAAUUAUA